AUGUCUAACCCAAUAAACCCGACAAACCGCAGUGCUGGGGGCGGCAAUGGUACCACCAGCACGGCUGCGCAUGCCUUUGGUCCCUCCGCUGUCAUAUCCGGCGAUUUCCAGGCAGGCGGCCGCUACGAGUACAAUGCUUCUGGGCAUCCUGAACUACGCCGGCGUGCGACAUCGGAUCCCGCCUCUCGUGACAGGGUCUCCCAGCCGGCUCCACCACAUCCCCUUCGCCCCAAGACAUCAUUUGAAGAAGCCCUCGACCGCGGUGACGCCGCCCGCGUGGCACGGCGUAUCCACGUCAAAGUUGAGGAUCUCCAGCGCCGUGACCAGGAACUCCGGAUGGGCGAAGAAGAACUGCGCUCGCGCAUUGCAGAGAUCACCGCCACGGGGGUAGAAAUAACUCGUCGCUUAGACUAUGGAUACUACAACUUGCUCGAGAAGGUUGGCAACCUGGUCAGCAUGAUCGGCAGUUUCCAGUCACUGGCACGACAGAGUGAGACGCUAAUCGGGAAUUUUGAGCGCGAGAGCAGGAGGGUGGACGAAGACACACGCCGGCGCGUCAAAGUUCUCCAAAGCGGCUUUGAGACCAGGCAGAUGAAAGCUAGACAAUUGGCCGAACGUGGAGCGAAGGCGAAUGCCCGGGCGACAGAGCUGUCCGCCCGGUUGGAAAAGGCUCGAGCAAAGGUCGAGGAGUGGGAAAACGCCGAAGAGAAAUUCCGCAAGGCGUGGGACCGUGUGUGGGGGAUCGUGUGGUGGACGAGCAUUGCCGUCAUUGUCAUUGUGGUGGCCGUGGUGUUGGGCAAGGAAUGGUAUUUCCAUGGUGAUCCCGUCAAGGCCGGGUUGAAACAGCACGGGGAGGGGAAUUGGAACCGGAGCUUGAGACUGGGCGGCACGGCGGGAGGCGAAGAGAACGAGAGACUCCUCCGACUCGGCGAGAACGAGACAGACACUGAGGAGGGGAAGGGGCUGAACGUGCCCGACGACGUGAGGCAGAUUCUCCUGGACAUCGCCGAGAGGAACCGCAUCAGAAAAAAGGCGUUCCCGGAGGUUCCUAGCAUGGAGUAUGGGACUCCUCGAUUGACCACAAGCCCCGAGGAAUACCAGUGUCUUGAGGAGGAUCCGAGACUGGCCAGCUUGGACGAGCUGUGA